AGCCAAUCGCGCCGCGGCCGAGGCGAGCGCUUGCAGCCGCCAAUGUUGUUUUCGCUGAGUCGAGCUGCUGGUGUUGUUGGCGGUGCCGGCGCCAUAUUGGAAGGGACGAGGCGGUGUUUUUUUUUUUCACCCCCCCUUUCACCCCACCGCAACCGUCAUUCUCGUCCGUCUUCGAGACCACGGAGAUACUUGAGCACAAGCUUAGCCGCCGCCAUGCUGUAUCUGGAGGAUUACCUCGAGAUGAUCGAGCAACUUCCCAUGGAUCUCCGCGACAGGUUCACCGAGAUGCGGGAGAUGGACCUGCAGGUGCAGAAUGCAAUGGAUCAACUGGAGCAAAGAGUAAAUGAAUUUUUUAUGAAUGCAAAGAAAAACAAACAGGAAUGGAGAGAAGAACAAAUGACUUCAAUUAAAAAGGAUUAUUACAAAGCUCUAGAAGACGCAGAUGAAAAAGUACAGUUGGCUAACCAGAUUUAUGAUUUAGUAGACCGUCACUUAAGAAAAUUGGACCAGGAGCUAGCUAAAUUUAAAAUGGAACUUGAAGCAGAUAAUGCUGGUAUUACAGAAAUAUUGGAAAGGCGUUCUUUGGAACUGGAUACACCAUCACAACCACUGAAUAAUCAUCAUGCUCAUUCACACACUCCAGUUGAAAAAAGGAAGCAUAAUCCCUCCUCUCACCAUGCAGCUGCAGAUCAUGUCCCAGAAAAGAAGUUUAAGUCUGAAGCCCUCCUGUCAACUCUCACUUCAGAUGCUUCUAAGGAAAAUGCACCUGGGUCUCGAAACAAUAAUUCAUCAUCCUCAUCCAACAGUGCAUAUAAUGCAAAUUCUUCUCAGCCAUUGGCAUCGUAUAACCUGGGCUCAUUAUCUUCAGGAGCUGGAGCUGGUGCUAUUACCAUGGCAGCAGCUCAGGCAGUCCAAGCUACAGCACAGAUGAAAGAAGGGAGGCGUACGUCUAGCCUUAAAGCAAGUUAUGAAGCCUUUAAAAACAAUGACUUCCAACUUGGAAGAGAAUUCUCAUUGUCCAGAGAAACAACUGGAUAUUCAUCUUCUGCUUUGGCAUCUACGUUAUCACAGACAUUAAGUUCAUCAACCACGGAUUCGCGGAGUGGUCGAAAAAGCAAAAACAACAACAAAUCAUCAAGUCAGCAGUCAUCCUCUUCUUCUUCGUCUUCCUCUUUGUCAUCGUGUUCCUCAUCCUCUGCUCUAGCACAGGAACUGUCUCAACAAGCAGCAGUAAUACCAGAGUCAGAGUCUAAUAGCCAAGUUGAUUGGACCUAUGAUCCAAAUGAGCCACGUUACUGCAUUUGUAAUCAGGUUUCCUAUGGUGAAAUGGUGGGCUGUGAUAACCAGGAUUGCCCUAUAGAGUGGUUCCAUUAUGGCUGUGUUGGAUUGACAGAAGCACCAAAAGGGAAAUGGUACUGUCCGCAGUGUACUGCUGCAAUGAAGAGAAGAGGCAAUAGACACAAAUAAAUAUCUUUUUCACUUCAGCUAAAAACAUUGUGCUUCUUUUGAGGUGUGGGCUAGAAGGAAAUGGUUCUUUGCAGUCGGUCAAAGGAGAAUUGAUAUAGCUGUCAUAAAACAUUGAUUUCUUAAUUUUGCUAGCUGUGUUUUAAUAUUGUAUCUAAAUUAUUCAUGCACUAUUGUGCUAUAAAUACUUUCCCAGUUAGCCAUGGAUUGUUCCAGUGGCAAACAUAUGCAGACAUUUGUACUCUCAAACCAUUUUCUCUAACUAAGGGGCAUUCUACAACAAUUUAAUCUUCAAAUAAUUCCAGCAAAUUGAGACUUCAAAUGGUUGUAUAUUCUGCUGGCAUUCUGCUGCAUGUUCUGUACUCAAGAGCUGUUAUGUGGAAUAUUCUGUAUAUAAGUGGUGCAGAAAGUCAGAAUGUUAUAGUUUUGUUUCUUGUUGAAACUAAAUUCAGCAGGCUGAAGAAAAUGGUUAUUGUAUACAAUGGGCUAGUGUCCUCUAGAGUACGUGGUACCUAAAAACAGACUCUUGUAUGCUUUAAACAAAUAUACCAUUAGUCCUGAUAUGUUUGGGGGCCAUUGAGGGCACAAGUGAUAAAAAUGGUGUUAAAGUGAUAAACCUUUUAUACCGAAUGUGUUUAUUUUUUUGUGCAAGUGAUCCUUUAAAUUGAAACUGUAUUAGUUGUCAAAAUUUAAAAAAAAAUCAAAGGCUAGUAUUAAUGCUUUGCAUACUUUAUCUAAAAAGUACAGUAAAAACAUUUCAUGGAAGCUUUCAUAAUAUGCUGUUUAACUGGAUAAUUUUAAAUAAUUUUUAUUUUUUUAAAAAAAUAUAUGAAUAAAAGGUUUCCAUCUCUACAAUA